GAAGCACUGUGGUUAAACAAGUCGAGUGAGAGUUGCCACAACCAACAACAAGAACUCUCUUCCCUUGAAUCUUUCUCCUCAUUUAUAUUCACAUGCAUGAAUAACGUCCCCUUUGAAUUCCCUCAACCAUUCUAUCUCAGGUAUCACGCACUCCGCAUUCUCUCCGGUGGCCACCACCAGCCACCUACAAAUGUACUCAAACUCAUUCUUCACAUAGCCGCUUGUUUCAACGUACCUAGCACACUGGACACACUGGUUGAAUCGUGGGUUUAUGUCGAAGUGUCGUGCGUAGGAUUCGAGAUAGCCUAUGAACUGUUUCUUGGAGGGGUAUUGGGGGAAGUGUGGUGGGAAUGGAAGGUUGGGGAGCUGACAGAACUGUUUUGGAAGAUGGAGUUUUAAUCUGUCGUAGAUUCGUUUUUGCCAAAGUGAGGCUAUACAUUCGGCUCGUUAUUUCAUAAACAGAUUUGAUUCCAUCUGAAGGCAAAACGUAACAGGACGAAGGUGAAAGGAUUGUGAAAGCAAUUAUCUUCCACCUUUGAAUGAGGAGACACUGUGACGCUUCACCAACAUGGACGUUCGGAGUAUGGGCAAUCGUUACUUGGCCCAACUCACCCACACCUCCCUCGCACGUGCCGUCCAUGCUCACAUCCUCACCUCAGGUUUCAAUCCAUUCCCUCUCAUCAUCAACCGUCUCAUCGAUCAUUACUGCAAAUCCUCCAACAUCCCUUACGCUCGCCACCUGUUCGACAGAAUUCCCAAACCAGAUAUCGUCGCAACUACCACCCUGCUUUCCGCCUACUCUGCUUCUGGCAACAUCAAACUCGCCCAUCAACUCUUCAACGCCACCCCCUUGACCAUUCGUGAUACAGUCAGUUACAACGCCAUGAUCACUGCCUUUUCUCACAGUCACGAUGGUCACGCCGCUCUCCAACUCUUCAUACAAAUGAAAAGGCUCGGUUUUGUUCCCGACCCGUUUUCCUUCUCAAGCGUUCUUGGCGCCCUGUCUCUGAUAGCUGAUGAAGAGAGGCAUUGUCAGCAGUUUCACUGUGAGGUUCUCAAGAGGGGUGUACUCUCUGGGCCUUCUGUUUUGAAUGCUUUGAUGAGUUGUUAUGUUUGUUGCGCCUCUUCGCCUUUGGUGGACUCUUGUUUGUUGAUGGCAGCUGCUAGGAAGCUCUUUGAUGAGGCACCUCUUGGUCUGAGGGAUGAACCUUCUUGGACUACCAUCAUUGCUGGCUAUGUCAGAAAUGGCGAUCUUUUUGCCGCGCGUGAGCUUCUUGAUGGAAUGACUGAUCACAUUGCCGUUGCUUGGAAUGCCAUGAUUUCUGGCUAUGUGCACAGGGGUUUUUAUGAGGCGGCGUUUGACUUGUUAAGGAAAAUGCACUCCUUGGGAAUUCAGCUGGAUGAGUACACUUACACCAGUGUAAUUAGUGCUGCUUCUAAUGCUGGGUUGUUCAAUAUUGGAAGACAGGUGCAUGCUUACGUUCUAAGAACAGUGUUGCAGCCAUCACAACAUUUUUCUUUAUCUGUGAAUAAUGUUUUGAUUACUUUCUACACUAGAUUUGGUAAACUGGCUGAGGCGAAGCAAGUUUUUGACAGGAUGCCUGUGAAAGAUCUUGUUUCAUGGAAUGCAAUUUUGUCUGGGUAUGUCAAUGCUCGGUGCAUUGAGGAAGCUAAUUCCAUUUUCAGGGAAAUGCCAGAGAGGAGCCUGUUGACGUGGACUGUGAUGAUAUCAGGCUUGGCACAAAAUGGGUUUGGAGAAGACGGUUUGAAGCUAUUCAACCAGAUGAAGUUAGGGGGAUUGGAACCAUGUGAUUAUGCAUAUGCUGGAGCAGUUGCCUCUUGUUCUGUUCUGGGAUCAUUAGACAAUGGACAACAACUACACUCUCAGAUAAUACGAUUAGGUCAUGAUUCAAGCCUCUCAGCUGGCAACGCACUGAUUACGAUGUAUGCUAGGUGUGGUCUUGUUGAAGCCGCUGAUACAGUGUUUGUUACCAUGCCGUAUGUGGAUUCAGUAUCCUGGAAUGCCAUGAUUGCAGCUCUUGCACAACAUGGGCACGGUGUCAAAGCCAUUCAACUCUAUGAACAGAUGUUGAGGGAGGAUAUAUUACCUGAUCGGAUAACUUUUCUCACAAUUCUCUCUGCUUGUAGCCAUGCAGGUUUGGUCAAAGAGGGACGCCAUUAUUUUGAUACAAUGCAGGCUCAUUAUGGUAUAACCCCAGAAGAGGAUCAUUAUUCUCGUUUGAUUGAUUUGUUAUGUCGUGCUGGUAUGUUCUCGGAAGCAAAGAAUGUCACGGAAUCAAUGCCUUUUGAGCCCAGCGCACAAAUUUGGGAGGCUCUUCUUUCUGGUUGUCGGAUUCAUGGGAACACGGAAUUAGGUAUUCAAGCUGCAGAAAAGCUCUUAAAGCUUAUGCCACAGCAAGACGGAACCUACAUUAGUCUUUCCAAUAUGUAUGCCACUUUAGGUCAGUGGGAUGAAGUUGCCAGGGUGAGGAAAUUAAUGAGGGAGCGAGGGGUUAAGAAGGAACCUGGGUGUAGUUGGAUUGAGGUUGAAAACAUGGUCCAUGUCUUUUUGGUUGAUGAUGCUGUACACCCUGAGGUGCAUGCUGUGUACAAAUAUCUGGAGCAUCUGGUACAUGAAAUGAGGAAAUUAGGUUAUGUUCCUGAUACGAAGUAUGUAUUACAUGAUAUGGAAUCUGAACAAAAGGAAAAUGCUUUGUCUACUCAUAGUGAAAAGCUUGCUGUUGUUUACGGAAUUAUGAAAAUUCCUUUAGGAGCUACGAUUCGGGUUUUCAAAAAUUUGAGGAUUUGCGGGGACUGCCAUAGUGCAUUCAAAUUUAUCUCCAAAGUGGUAGAUCGAGAGAUAAUUGUCAGAGAUAGGAAGAGAUUUCACCAUUUUAGAAAUGGUGAAUGUUCUUGUGGCAACUAUUGGUAGCAAGAGGUUCUGUUAUUUGAUUAUCAUCAAGUGUUAAUGUUAACAGCACUCCGAUGAAUUUUAGAAUAUAUGAAAUGCAACCUAAAGCCUUUGCAACGGGGAAUUCAGAAUGGAGACUGGUAUCAUAUUAGAAUGCCCCAAAAUAAAAGGGUUGAUCACUGGAUGAAAAUUUGUCUUAUGCUACUCUACUCCUCCACACUGAUACUGAAACCAAAUGUGAGAGCAUAACAAAAACACGAGGUGACGUGCUGUUUAAUCCUCUUGGAAGCAAUUACCCUUUGUCUGUAUCCUCUCCAUAGCAGCAACUUCGAUCUGAAAGAUGAUACAUUAGAUGGAAUUUUGACCGUCCAACUGACCACUGCAUUAAGAUGCAUGGAGAGAUAAUUGAACUGUUCAUAAUUUAGUUUUUGUAGAAAAAACUAACCUGUAUCUUAGAAAACUAAACUAAAUUAAUUAUGUAUUAAACUGAGAUGAAAUAAAUUUAG